GCCCUAUUCUCGCCCUGUCAGUGUGUAGUCUCGCGAGACAGCCCUGUGUUUGUGUACGCGCUGGCCCUCCUAUUCCUCUGCUUUGGCCUGUCAGCGGGAGCCUGUAGCCUGAAUGCUGGGCCGGCCAGUGCCCCCGAGGAGCAGCGCCCAUUGAGGCUUCUCAGCCCGGUACUAAGAGUAGGCCGGAUCCCAUCUGCCACUAGCUCAUGGCGUCCGACAGCGACACGGAGGAAUUUUUUGAUGCCCCGGAGGAUGUGAACCUAUCCUGUUCUCCUGCGGUAUCUCCUCUGAAAUCUGAAAUAUUUACCCUGAAGGAAGAGGUCAUACAUUCCAAGAAUGCUGAAACUAGAAACAUAGUACUGAAGCAAGAUGACUCAAAGGAGAUUAUUGACCGCAUUAUAGAGGAAAGCCAGAAGUGCAGUAACACAGAAAAUGGGCAUCCAGUUGUAGAGGAGAAGCCUGAAAUAUUACAUGAAACUUUAACAGUGGACUCGGUAAAAACUAAGCAAGAUCUUCUGAGCAAUAUUCCUGAACUGGUAGUUACAGAGUCUACCUUCCAUGAUGGUGUGGAAGAUCAUUUACAGCAACAGAUCAGUGAAUAUACAGAGCCAGACCUUAGUAGGACUCAAAAGGCAGGUCCUUCAGCUGAACCUUUAUACAUACAGUAUGCAAUAGAAAAUAUUGUUGAUUUAACUGAAGAUCUUAAAAUAACUGAAGACCUUAAAAUAAAUGAAGACCUUAAAAUAGAAAAGGAAUCCGAAAUUCUACUUAUUCAAGAGGAGACUAAAGACCCAUCAAAACAUAUUGUGGAAGAUGUAUUAUCUAAAUUACCAACAUCUGAUAUCAUAGAAGAAUUACCACCGACAAAACCUCCCAGGCAGAUUUGUGUGGAACCUGACAUAGUAGCAAGCACCAAAAAAUCUGGACCAACUCGGCCUCCACUGCCAAUAAAUGUUCCCCCACCACGGCCCCCACCACCAGCACGCCCAGCACCACCUCCACGUAAGAAGAAAAGUGACACUGAUUUUGACAGAUCUUCUGGUUUUGAGUAUCAGAAGGAUGGAUUCUUGGCUGGAGGACUUUUAUCCCCAAACACAUUAACAGAAAAUAUGAACAGGGAUUCACAGCCAUCCUUGGAUUUAGCUAGUGCUACAAGUGGGGAAAAAAUAGUCACGGCGCAGGAAAAUGGGAAAGCAGCAGAUGGACAACUGUCCAGUCAAAGUGAAAGUCUUGGCCCACAGAGACCUCGCUCGAACUCGGGAAGAGAGCUUACGGAUGAGGAAAUUUUAGCUAGUGUGAUGAUUAAGAACCUGGAUACAGGGGAGGAAAUACCUUUGAUCCUGGCUGAGGAGAAACUGCCUACUGGUAUCAAUCCUCUGACCUUACAUAUCAUGAGAAGAACAAAGGAGUAUGUAAGCAAUGAUGCGGAACAGUCAGAUGAUGAGGAUAAGCCGCAAUCCCAUCCCUCUGAAACUGAUGGAGGAAAACUAAAGCAGAAAACGACACAGCUGAAGAAAUUUUUAGGAAAAUCUGUCAAAAGAGCGAAACAUCUCGCUGAAGAAUAUGGAGAGCGUGCAGUAAAUAAAGUAAAAAGUGUUAGAGAUGAAGUUUUCCAUACGGAUCAAGAUGACCCAUCUUCCAGUGAUGAUGAAGGGAUGCCCUACACAAGACCUGUUAAAUUUAAAGCUGCACAUGGGUUCAAGGGACCUUAUGACUUUGAGCAAGUCAAAGUAGUACAGGAUCUGAGUGGAGAGCAUGUGGGUGCUGUAUGGACAAUGAAAUUUUCUCACUGUGGCCGAUUGCUUGCCUCAGCUGGCCAAGACAAUGUAGUGAGAAUAUGGGUUCUUAAAAAUGCCUUUGAUUAUUUCAAUAACAUGCGAAUCAAGUACAACACAGAAGGAAAGGUUUCCCCCUCCCCAUCUCAGGAAAGUCUUAAUUCUUCCAAGUCUGACACAGAUGGAGGGGUCUACAGUGGAACAGACGACAUGGACCCUGAUGAUAAAAAUGCCCCCUUUCGACAGGUGCCAUUUUGUAAAUACAAAGGACACACAGCUGACCUUCUGGACUUGUCCUGGUCUAAAAAUUAUUUCUUACUCUCAUCAUCAAUGGACAAGACAGUGCGUCUAUGGCAUAUAUCCAGGAGGGAAUGUCUUUGUUGCUUCCAGCAUAUUGAUUUUGUUACAGCAAUAGCCUUCCAUCCAAGGGAUGAUCGGUAUUUCCUAAGUGGUUCUCUUGAUGGCAAACUCAGGCUUUGGAAUAUUCCUGACAAGAAAGUUGCUUUGUGGAAUGAAAUUGAUGGACAAACUAAACUUAUUACAGCUGCUAACUUUUGUCAGAAUGGAAAACAUGCAGUUAUUGGCACAUAUGAUGGAAGGUGCAUUUUUUAUGAUACUGAGCACUUAAAAUACCAUACUCAAAUUCAUGUACGCUCUACGAGAGGGAGAAACAGGGUAGGAAGAAAAAUUACUGGAAUAGAGCCAUUACCAGGUGAAAAUAAGAUCUUGGUGACAUCUAACGACUCCAGAAUAAGGCUGUAUGACUUGAGAGAUCUAUCCUUAUCAAUGAAAUACAAAGGUUGUGUGAAUAGUAGCAGCCAGAUAAAAGCAAGCUUCAGUCAUGAUUUUACAUACAUUGUAAGUGGCUCUGAAGAUAAAUAUGUUUAUAUCUGGAGUACAUACCAUGAUCUAAGCAAGUUCACAUCUGUUAGAAGAGACCGCAAUGAUUUCUGGGAAGGAAUUAAAGCACACAAUGCAGUUGUUACAUCUGCCAUCUUUGCACCAAACCCAGGCCUAAUGGUAUCAGCAGAAGCACCUUCUGAAAGACAAGAAAGUGAUCAAGCAGAACCAGCAGAAAAUAUACCAUCAGGUGCAUUGAAAUCUGACCAUGCAGAAGUUCUUCUCUCCGCUGAUUUUACAGGAGCUAUUAAAGUAUUCAUUAACAAAAAGAAGAAUAUAUCUUGAACUGAAACACAAAGUACUAUUAGGAAAUUGUGCCAAGAGUGCUUAAUACAUGCUGGUGACACAUAACUUGGCACAUCCUUAGUAGAUCCCUCAAACAUUGGUCACCAAAGGAAACUAACUCAUGAAACUGAAGAUACAGAUUAAUACCAUUCCCUCCACCUAAUCCAUCAACACUGCAGAUUCGUUCCUUUAAUAAUAUUAGUCUAAGCUUCUGAAAUUGGGAAUUGGAUGUCAUCGAUAUCUACAAUGUUCAUUACAGAAUUCAUUUUGGCAAUGAGCAAGGUUUGUUCAGCAAAUGAUACAAGUGUGAUCUUUAGCCUGAUGUGCCAUUUUGCUUCUGCUUCCAGUGCAGUUAUGCAGUUUUUUCCCCUCUGAUCUGAUAACAACCUGCGUUAUUAAGAGGGAGUAACCUUGAUCUGUAUCUUCAGUUCCACCCUGUAAAAACCAGUGACUACAUGUGAAGAAUGCCAUUGCAACAAGGAUGGGGAUCCUUUGUAAGCGGUACCCAAUAAUUUAAAUAUAGGGCAACUAAAGUCCAUAAGAAACAGUUGCUCCAUAGAUUGUACUUUGUUGUGCAGGACUCCUUAGUACAGAAGGUUACUUAACUUUCAGUCUUCAGUUUAAUACCUGGAACAUGCAUACAGUAGUCUUUUAUAGAAAGUACUAACUGGACUUUUAACCCUACUCACUGGGUACAAGGGGAAGGAUAAGAUGAUGUGCAAUACUUUAUAUCACAGGACUUCUGUGCCUCCAGAUCCAUAUUAAAAAAAAGAAAAAUUAGUUGCACCUUCUGAGAAUUACUUUGCCUUAAAGGAGAUGGAAAGCU